GGUUUAUUCGCUUCAUCAUCGGUUCGCAUUGUUGUUACUUUAAUUUGCUACGUAAAUCUUUUUUUCAAUUGUGUUCAAUCAGGAUUGUGCUGGGACUCCUUAUAUUAUUUUUUUUUAGAAAAAGUAAUUCAAGAGCUGCAGAGGCAGGUUUUUUCUCAACAUCAACCUGACUAGGGACUCGAAUUUGCUAUUUGUUACACAAUGUCUGGUGGUGCCAGUUUGCCACCUCCAGGAAAGAGGAAAGAAAUUUAUAAAUAUGAGGCUCCGUGGACAUGUUACAGCAUGAACUGGAGUGUCAGACCGGACAGAAGGUUUCGACUGGCUCUUGGUAGUUUCAUUGAGGAGUACAACAAUAAAGUGCAGAUUUUAUCACUUGAUGAGGAGACUUCGGAUUUUAUUUGCAGGCACACAUUCGAUCAUCCAUAUCCCACCACAAAAAUCAUUUGGAUUCCAGAUACAAAAGGUGCAUUUUCGGACUUGCUUGCAACCAGUGGUGAUUACUUGAGAGUCUGGAGAGUUUCAGACAACGAGACGAAGAUGGAGUGCCUCCUUAACAACAACAAAAAUUCAGAUUUCUGUGCACCUCUGACGUCAUUUGAUUGGAAUGAAGUUGACCCUAAUCUGCUGGGCACCUCGAGUAUCGACACAACGUGCACCAUCUGGGGACUGGAGACAGGACAGGCCAUAGGACGAACAAAUCCAGUGACAGGGCAUGUGAAAACCCAACUGAUAGCUCAUGACAAGGAGGUUUAUGACAUAGCAUUCAGUAGAGCAGGUGGUGGAAGGGACAUGUUCGCCAGUGUUGGGGCUGAUGGAUCGGUGCGUAUGUUUGACCUGCGUCACCUGGAGCACUCGACAAUCAUUUACGAAGAUCCACAGCAUCUACCUCUUCUACGUCUUGCAUGGAACAAACAGGACCCUAACUACCUUGCCACAAUGGCUAUGGAUGCUCUGGAAGUUAUUAUACUGGAUGUUCGUGUGCCGUGUACACCUGUGGCCCGAUUGAACAACCAUCGAGCAUGCGUCAAUGGAAUCGCAUGGGCACCUCAUUCCAGCUGUCACAUUUGUACUGCUGCUGAUGAUCACCAAGCUCUCAUCUGGGACAUCCAACAAAUGCCUCGAGCGAUAGAGGAUCCGAUACUGGCCUACACGGCGUCAGGGGAGAUCAAUCAGAUACAGUGGUCAUCUAUGCAGCCCGAUUGGAUUGCCAUCUGUUACAACAACUGUCUCGAAAUUCUUAGGGUUUAAGAAGAGCUAGGAAUUUAUCUGUAGAAAGAAUAAACGUUUUCAAUCUUGGAUGCGUUCUUCAAUUCAUGAUUUUUGUUGUUUGUUUUCAGAUGAUUGUAUAAUACAAUUUAUGAUAUGUUGUAAAUCAUAAUCAGUCAUUUUAAUUUUUGUCUAUCAAGUAAUAAAUGAAGUACAUUUGCUUCAAAGUUUGCGGUAAGUAUCCAAUUUGAGUCUCAAUGAACAGUAGUAAGUCAGCUUAAUGGGUUUGCACUUGGACCCAUCCAGCUUUUUUUUUCACAAGUUGUUUCACGCCUCUAAUUAUACUCAUUACCAACCAUACAGUAGUUCUUAAUUCUGUUGUUGUAGCUCUCAUUUCAUUUAAUUGUCACUCGUCAACGUCCUACCUCGGGAAACCAGGUCUCUGGACGCAAAACGAAGAUUGAUUGAUUGAUUGAAUUGUCACUCGUCAGUCAUGUCACGACUACUUAACAACAUUUCGUUAUAAUUUCCUCAUUGAUUUUACUUUUCAAUUUUGCGGAACAUGAUUUUAAUGAAUUUGUUUUUUUUUAUAGAACACACACACACACACACAUAGUGAAUAAUUUUUGUGAUCUGGUGAUCACGCAUAAGUGCACGUACGUGAAUGAACGAACGUGUGUGAGUGACUUCUUUAUUCGUAUAAUGAUGAUUAAAUUAAAAUACGCUGAUGAUUUCCAAUUUGGUUUAAUCCUCAAUUAUCAUUUUGUUUUAAUCAUUAUUCAUGUAAUAAUUUUAUUGAAAUGUUGAUGAGCAGUUGAAGGUAAUCAUUAUUUGAUCAUGAUCAUUUUGUUGGUUAUGCAUGAUUUUGUAGUCUUGUACAUUAAAUAUAAAGUUUAAAAAAAUUUUAUUAGAAACGAGUAAAAUGGUAGUUGAAA